ACAGAUUACUCUAAUUUCUCUGUUUCUCAGUUUCUAGACACAAAUAUGAGUUCUCAGGCGCGUGACGUCAAGAAUCUCUGGUCUUUUGUGGAUCAGGAUCGUCUUCGGAGAAUGUCCGUGACUUCCGCGUUGGAGAUUUGCAAAUCCUAUGUUGUCUCGGAGGGAUCCAAGGAGGGAUCUGAGGACUCUACUGAUAAGAGUGUGGAAGUGAUCAACUUUUUGCUCAGCACACAAGAUUUCGCUGACAAAGUGCUCCUGACUCAGGCCGUGAGUCUCAUCCAGGCAUGCCUUCCGGGCUUUCGAGUGUUUGUCUCACGAACCUUGAAGGCGAAUUUACUCAAUGUCCUGGACAAAAUAAUCACCAUUAUUGACACGCUGUUGACCACAGUAACGUUCUUUGCUGAGAAGUUCCACUGGACAAAGCAUCACUUGAAGCUGAGGGACGUUUAUCUGAAUGUCCUGACAAUUUUGACGGAAGUAUUCAUGUUUUCCAGCAAAAAUAAUCCCCAGAAGAAUCAGCUGACACAAGAUCUAAUAGACAAAUCCACACGACUGCAUCUUUUCCUCCUGGAAAAGCUCUCCAGCACAGAGAUUAGCUUCUUCGUGGACUGCUCCUCGGAGGAGAGGGAUUUUCUCAUUGAAGUCCUGGGAAUAUUGUUCCUGAUGGGUGAAGUUAGCCAGUCGAUCAAUCCCUUUCUCUGGGGCAGCACUUGGAAGAAUACACACAAGAUCAUCGCUAAGAACAAUGAAGAGCUGAAGAAGGUGUCCGAUAACUUCAAGCAAUGCCUUCAGGCGCCUAUUAAAUUCAUCUGCCGACAAAUCCGCGAGACAAUUCGGGAAGCCGUGCAAACGGAGCAAUUGACUGUUCUGAAGAUCACGAAAUUCUAUCAGUCCAUCAUCACGAAACUCUUGGAACUCUUCCCAGGGAAUUUCCUGCCGCACUGCGACAUGAUUCUGGAGAAUCUCUUCUACUUGCAAUCUGUGCGGUUCCUGAAGAAGUCGCAAACUGCCGAGGACAUCCACAAGAUGAUCACGGAUCCUUACAUGAGCAAUAUUAGGAUUCUGCAGAGGAAUGAACAGUUUAUUGAAUGUCUGGUGAACACGAAAUACUCGCACGAUUCGGAGAUUUACGCCUUCUUCGUCAUUUCCACGGAGGUGCUCAGAGUUAUUGGUCAGGAGAAUCAGGUGGAAACUAAAGAAGCAUUGGUUGAUAAGAUCCUCAGCAUGAUUCCAAGUUGUUAUUCGACAUUCUUGGAUUUUCCGGACAUUUUCAAAGAUCUUACAAGGAAUUUAUUUGUAGUUUUGACCAAGCAAGAGAAGUAUAAAAACGUCUGGGUGAAAUUCCUCGGAAGAACUUUGAAGAAUCCUUCUUUUUUCGGCAAUCUCACUUGCCUGAAAAUCCAUCGCAACAUCCAGAACGCAUCUCGCGAGAGUGUCCGUUUCGAAACCUUCGUGGUGUGGAAGAAUAGCCUGGAAAGAGUCUCCAUAAUUACCCAACCAGUGCUUCUAGAGGAUCUUCUAAGAAAUUCCUUCGACUGUUUGUCCACCGAAAGCCAACACAGAGUCGUGAGUCUCAAUAAUCCCCAAAAAAACUUCCUUUUGUGGAGUAUUUUGGGAUUGGACAGAAUUCCCAACGCUGAGAAGAAAAACUUCCUGGUUAAGAAGUUGAUAGAUGAAGUAGAAAAGCUGAUAAGUGACUUCCUGGGGAAGAAUUUCACGGUGAAGAGUGUGGAAGACAUGAUUCUUAUCUUGCGAAUCCUGGGAAGAACAACGUUCUCACCAGAGGAAGAAUUCAAGAAGAAGUUUAUGGAAGUGUGGGAAUUUAUUGGGAAUAAGAUGAAGAAGACCCGGAAUAUCAUCUCAUGGAUUGUGAAUCCUCUUCUGGAAAUAUUCAGGAACAUCAGUGCUUUCCUGAGUACGGAGGACAAUCAAAAAAUCUUGGGAAUCAUCGUGAAAAUCUCAUCAAAAGACAACUGGCCAGCAGAAAUUCACAUUGAAAUUAUUAGCUGUCUGAAAAUCAUCUCAGAAAAUGACAUUGACACUUACUGGACUAUCCUGAGAUGCUACAAGAAGUCCUCAGACGCCUUCCAACUCCUAGCCAAACUCACCGAAGAGGCUGUUGGCCUUCAGGAACCUGAGCCUUCAAAAUCACCCCCAAAUAAGAGAUUCAAGGCUGAUUUCGGGUCGGAAAACGAAGUAAAACUGAGAAAAAUCCUACAAAGUGUUAAUGACUUCAGAGAGAAUUUCCCUGCUGGACAUUCCCUUCCUCCCAACUGUGCCUCAAUUGUUCAAGAGAUUGUGUCUUCAUUGAGGAAAAUUACAAACUCGUGA